UAAGACAGCGCAUAAAUGUACGACACGCUCUUCGCCCACCGUCAUUACACCAUGAAAAUCAUCUACUUAAUCACCUACGUAGCGCUGGCGAACGGCGUUGAAAAAUUUGAAGUCUUCCGUCAAUGGACUCUCCUCAACUACACGUGGAGGUCCCAGGCGGAAUACAAAGACGCUCUCAAAACUCGUCGAUAUGUACCUCAAAAUAACGCACCGGCAGGGAUCAAGAUCUACCGAAACAUAUUGUACGCCUCGGUGCCGAAGUUCAGGGAAGGCGUACCCGUUACUCUGACUACGGUUGAAAACAAGCCCUUCAAUCCUCUGCUCACGCCUUUCCCCAGUUGGGAGCUGAACGAUGACUCCGACUGCGGUAACUUGCAAAACGUGCAGAGCAUGGAAAUCGACACCAAGGGUACCAUGUGGGUUUUGGAUGGUGCCCGGAUAAACAACUACACCAGGUGCCCCACUAAAUUGGUACUACUCGAUCUAAACAACGUAGGAAAAGUGAUCCGAGUUAAGGUCUUUCCGAACGAGGUUUCUCUUAAAGUGGGGGGGUUUCUUAACGACCUGGUGGUGGACGAAACGAGCGGGGGCUUUGCGUACAUCACGGAUGCUUCACCAGUCGAUCCCGGACUGAUAGUCUACUCCAAAGAGAAGAAUGAAGCUUGGAAGCUUAGAGAUUCUUCCAUGUUUUCCGGGAAAACGGAUCCGCAGCUGUUCAUAAAGGGCUCGGUGGUGGAUUCGUCAUACCCGAUAGAUGGGAUAGCCCUAUCUCCCCCGCGCGAUGACAGGAUCGUAUACUACUGCAGCGUCGGCUCUGAUGUGCUCUAUUCCAUACCGACUAGCGUGUUGAAAAACCAGCAACUCGCAAACACCGGAGAAUGGAGGAAAAAUAUCACAGCGGUGGGCAGAAAACUUGGCCAAAGCGACGGUAUUACGAUCGACAGCGACGGAGACUUGUUUUACACGUUGCCAACAUUCUACGGGGUCGGUAAAUGGAACACCAGCACUCCGUUGUGGACGUCGGAAUUGUUUGAUCGUGACGAGCAGCAGAUGGUAUGGACAGACGGAUUCGCGUUCGACCAGCGCGGUUAUAUUUACCUCAUUACGAAUUACAUGUACAAGUUUAUACAACCCAAGGAAACUUUGUUCCAUGACGGGAGGGUAUUGUUUAGAGUUUUCAGGUACCAUACCGGUACAAAAAGUUACUUGUACGACAAAUAAAUAGUUGUGACCGAAUGGUAUUUUUGGUAUUGAAACGUGU